AUGGUUUGGGUCAGAAUUAUAAAUCAAAGUUUCGAAAUCUUCAUACGAGUCUUAGUCAUCCAAAAAACGAAGAUUUACUAAUGCAAGUCGUCAAAGGUGACAUUCCGCCAGUUCGAUUAGUAAUGAUGUCUGCAGAGGAAUUGGCGAAUCCUGAACAGAAAUCCUUAAUGGUCAAAGUCCGUAGGGAAAGUAUGCAACAAUCGGUUUUGAAAGUUGAUGACGGGCCAAGAAUAAAGAAAACUCAUAAAGGCGAAUUCAUAAUAAUCGAAGGUGGACAUGAAUCGCCCAAACGAGAUGCACCAGAUGCCAAUUCUACUGCAUCCACCACAAACGGCACUUUUACCUCACCUACUAACACAAGACCGAAAAUAAAUAUUGAAGACUUAGUGCCAAAACGACGUGCAAGCACAACAGAUGGUAAUAAUCCAUUAUCCGCAAACAGUGAUACAUCAAAAGAUGAUUCUUUGUCUCGGAGGACUUCAUCUAGUACGGAAGACCUCAGAACUAAUUUCUUUAAAGCUACGCCACACGAAGAAAAUAAUGAUGAUCAACAACCUGCACGGAAUUCAUCCGCAAAUAAUAAUAACAUGUUUAUUGAUACUGACAUGAUAGGUAGUCCUACGGCAAUUUCGGUGA